AUGGCUGCCAGCAACUACUGCGUGGUACUUCCCUCUUCACAUCCAGUGGAGAAAAGACAAAAACCUCCUCCCAGCAUCUUUAGGGGAGCUACUCCAGAUAGGAAGUUAAGCCAAGGAGUAGAGCAGACGCAGCAGCCUAAGCACCCACUCAGCCCAGCCACCGUCGAUGCCACCGUCUCCCUCCACAUCCCCUUGGGCUGGCCCUUGAGACUCGCCUCCUUCCAGCUGUUUGCGGAUAAAGUUCCCAAGAUGGCAGAGGACUUCCGUUCUCUGAGCACUGGGGAGAAAGGAUUUGGUUCUAAAGGUCCCUGCUUUCACAGGAUUAUUUGGGGGUAUCUGUGCCAGGGUGGUGACGUCACUCGCCAUCGAGACACUGGCGGCGAGUCCAUCUACGCGGAGAGAUCUGAGGUUGAGAAUUUCAACCUGAAGCACUCAGGGCCUGGCAUCCUGUCCCCGACACCUGCUGGAUCCAACCCAAAUGGUUUCCAGUCUUUCAUCUGCACUGCCCACACGCCGUGGUUGCCGGGCAAGUGUGUGGUCUUUGGCAAGGUGAAGGACGAUGUGAAUAUUAUGGAAUAUUAUGAAUAUUAUGGAAGCCAUGGAGCGCUGUGGGUCCAGGAAUGGCAAGACCAGCAAAAAAUCACCAUUGCUGAAUGUGGAAAAAUCUAA